UGACAUACAGCUACAAUUUAAUAAAACUGCCGCUCGCUACUUCAUCCCACCACGUAUCCAAUACGAGCGAGCGUGGGGCGGACAUCGCUAUCUGCAGCGCCCACGCGCAGCGCCAUCCUGCGAUAAAUAUAGCGCGGGACACACCACGCAGCGCACGCUCUAUUUGUGAACGCUUUACUACGUACUGUCGAUGCUUUACACGUAAGCAUCUGCUCAGUGCUCCUGUAUACGGCUUAUUAACUCGUCCACCGAGAGGGCAGACGGAGUGUGUGGCAAUGGCACGCGGCGCCCGAGCGUGGGCGCGCGUCGUUGCCGCGCUGCUGCUGCUGCUGGGCGCCGCGCUGCUGCCCGCGCCCGCGCCCGCGCCGCUCACCACGCGCGCCUCGUUCCCGCGCACGCGGCCGCGCGCGCUGGCGCGCCUGCUGGCCGACUUCAGCGCGCACGCGCGCCUCUACCCCCAGCUCGGCGAGUGGACGGUGGAGGAGGAGAGCGGCAACUACUCGGCGUGGCGCUACUCGGUGGCGUACCGCUGCGGCGCGCGCUGCGCCGGGCGCGCGGCCGUGCUGGCGCUGGACGAGCACGCGGCCGCGCCGCGCCACGCGCCGCCGCCGCGCUACCGCGUGCUGGUCGCGCACCGCUCCUGCACGCACGUGCCCUUACUUGGCUGGCCUCUCUUUUGUGAAUGGUGGGAGACAGAGACGGUUGUAGAGGAGGGCGCGGGGGGCGCGCAGCUGUGGGAGCGCGCGGCGGGCUCGUGCGGCGCGCUGCAGCGCAUGCGCGGCUGCGCGGCGCGGCUGCGGGCGCAGCGCGACGACCACCUGCGGCGGCUGCGGGCGCUGCUGGCCGAGGGCCGCGGUGCCGCCUGAUUGGCGGCAAUAACAUUCCUUACAAAUUAUUCAAUACAUCCACUUUCAUUAC